AUGACACUGGACAGACGAUUACAGUGUUUGUUAUGGCUGUACAUCACCACACUCCAAGUUGGUCCUGGUACUGUUACACUGUCUCCACCUGACACUACCUACACCAAGACUGAGGGGGACACGUUACCGGACAUCACCUGUACAGCUGACUGUAGACCUGGCUGUACCUUUGUCUGGACAAGACCUGACAACACCAACUUUACUGCCUCAGCUGUGUUGUCACUGGGACAACUAGACAGAUCAGAACACGGGACGUACACAUGUACUGCUAGAAAUAUUGUCGGGGAGUCAACUACAACUGUGAUUGUGUCUGUGAUGUACGGUCCAUCCAGUGUGGGGUUGUCACCACCAACUACAUCCUACACUCCUAUAGAGGGACAGACUCUCCCUACCGUCGCAUGUUCCUCUGACUGUUACCCAGUAUGCACCUUCAGCUGGACAAAGGAUGGACAGUCCCACACAACAGGGUCAGAUCUCCAGCUCACCAACAUACAACAGGGUCAGACGGGCGUGUACAGGUGUACGGCCAGUAACACAUACGGGAGUCGGACAUCGAGUGACGUCACUGUUACUGUCAAAUCAGUGCCUGAAAUGGACGGUCUCCUGCUCGCCAAAAGUUGUCAAAAGUGA